AGAAAAAGAUUUUAGUGUAACUUUAGCAUGCUACAUGACCAAUUGUCUGUCUAAUCAAUUGAUUUCAAAUAAAAUUUCCAUUUAAAACCAAAAAAUAUACAAAAAAAAAAUUUUGAAAAAAAGAAAUAAAAUUAACACGAAUGAAAAACAAGUGUUUUGUGUGCAAUUGUUUAUAUUAAAAUUCCAAAAAACCAACAUCCUUGCUAAACAAAAAAAGAAAAAACCUCUAUUGUUUGUAAACAGCUUCCCUACAAGGAGCAAAAAAAAAAAAUUAAGUGUUUGUGUAGAGUUUUUAUUUUUGUGGAGAAUUUCUCUUUAUUUCGAAAAACAAAAUACGCCUGGUAUCCUUGAAACUGAUUCUCCGUAUUAGAGAUUCAUGCGCAAUUAACUGCUAAACAAAAAAUCUCAAUUUCAAGAGGUUUCAGUGAAAAUCUACUGUAAAACCUUGUAUUGGAACAUUUUAAGUUGUUGUUUUGUUUGCUGGCUGCUGCUGCUUUUUCUCAUCAUCAUCUUGGAUAAAGGUCAAGUGUAUUGAUUUUUCUUUAUGCAGUCAAUUUUAUAAGGAGAAUUCAACUGCUGAUAAGCAAAUAUAAUAACAUCUCUUCCUGGAGGCCAUUGUCUAAUUAAUAGGAAAUCUUAAGAUUUUGGCAAGAACCACAAAACUAGUUAUAAACUCUUAUAAGGACGAGGACUACAACAACUGUAACAAAAGCGCUGCACUAGUUAUAUUGUCGAACAACAAAUAACCCACUACUCUUAUAAAAACCACAAACAAAAACAUCCUGAACAAGAACAACAAAGAAGACGACAACACCAGCACUAGAGCGAAAACAACAACUUUUUACCCACAAUUUACUAUCGCACAUUGUUUGUUUAUUUUUUGUCACUGAGAGUGUGUCUCUGUGUGUGUAAAUUCUGCUUUUGUUGUGUGUGAGAGAAAAUUUAACUCAUUUUCCAAAAUGAAUCUCGUAAUGGCAUCCGUGCUUUUGUUAGCCAUGUUGGCAUUUCAACCGACAUUGAUUUAUGGCACAAAGAACUUGGCAUCCGCUAGAAAUGGCGGCGGCAGCAGCAGUCGUUUGACUAGCAACCUUAACAACAACAACCGCAAUAUUAGAUCCUCAAAAUACGGAAAGAGGCACUCCACCGAACCCUUAUAUUCACCCGCAUUGUCUCCCACAGCGGCUAAAUUAGUCAUGUCUCUGGAAUCGGGUGAUGUAUUGGUGCGUUCAGCUAGGGGUGCUGCAACAGAACAAAAUCAAAACCUCUCGCCAGCUAACGGAAACAAUGAUGGUAAACGUCAGAAAAAUAAUAAUAAAAAAUUAAACAAAAACUUAGCCUCUCAAGAGGGUGCGGCAGCAGCAGCAGGAGCCACUCCAUCAUCGUCAUCAUCAUCAGCAUCAUCCACAGCAACUUCCUCAAACAGACGUAAACAUUUGGAAAAGAAAUUUUCCGCAGCUUCAGGAUUAUCAGGCAAUCAACAACAGCAACAGAAACAGCAUCCAAAUACCAAUAGCAAUAACAAUAAAGGCAAUAACAAACAACGUCAAAUGCUUAAAUCGCAAAAUCACCAAAAUAAACGUUCGGGCGGUGGCAAAGCAAACAAAGAAAACGUUGAGAAAACCCAAAGCGAAAGUGAAAAAUCACCCACCACUUGCCGUUAUGCCAAAAGUGCUUGGUCGGAAUGUGAUCCCAAAACCAAUAUGCGUUCCCGCAUUUUAACUUUAAAAAAGGGUGAACCGAAUUGUUUGGAAACCAGAACUAUGCAAAAGAAAUGUAAAAAAACUUGUCGUUAUGAAAAGGGUGCCUGGUCUGAAUGUACUAAUGGACAAAUGACGCGUGAGGAUAAAUUGAAAGCAACAGGCGGUGUUGAGGCCAGCUGUGAGGCCGUGCGCAGUAUUAACAAGAAAUGUAAUCCCAAUAAUGGUGCCAGCAAACAGGCUAGUGGAGGUGGUGGCAAUGGCAAAAAGGAACGUAAAAACAAAGAAAAAGGUUCCCGUCGUGUUGUUAAGAACUAAAGUAACCACAAAAUAAACCACAAUUUUCUAAUAUUAUUUUAAGCACAUUUUUUAUAUAUAUAAAACAAAAGUUAUUUAAGGCAGAAAAGUAAAGAAAACCCCUAUAAAGUAAUAAAUAACUAACAUUAAAUACAAAACAAACAAUUAUUUACAUUAUAAAUUAUACAUUUUCAUAAUUUGCAUUAUAAUAAAUUAUCAUAAAACUUAUAAAAUUCAUAAACAUACUAACAACUAAUUACAAAAUUUAUAUAAAUUAAACUUUUUCCAUCUUUAAAUAUAAUCAGUUUUUAAAACAAAUUUAUAACGUAAAUUUGGUUAUGUAUUUUAUUAAAUACAAAAUAUAAUAUUAUACAUUUUAAAAUAUAUUUUAGUUUAAUAAAAAUCUAAAUGUAAUUUUAUUCUUUUACAAAAUAUGUAUUACAAAGUAAAUGAAAAAUAAUUAAUAAUUUUUUUAAUAAUAUAUAAAUAAAAUGGGAAAAAA